AGUGCCAGGGCGGCUGUGCCUAGGGGACAGCAGACACUCCUGAGCUGAGAGGCUGGGAGGCAGCAAGACUGCUCUGCUCCGCGGUGCCGCGUCCUCUUCUGUAGCCCUUUGCAGAUGCUGCUCGGUCUUCGCUCUUUGGCUUGACUCCGUGCUUGAGAGGGUCAUUUGUCUCCGGCUUGUGUAGACUCUGCCUGGAAGUGAAGUUGUGGACUCCCGACCUCCAGUCCCGCCAGUCCCAACCUCGGAGUUUGAGUGUGAUCACUAAUGGGCAAGGGGUUUGGGCUCCUGAGGAAACCCUGCCAGUCAGUUGUGGCUGAGCCGCAGCAGUACUCAGCGCUGGAGGAAGAGAGGACCAUGAAGAGGAAGAGAGUGCUGUCUAGAGACCUCUGCAGUGCCUGGGACAGCCCUCAUGGUCUGGUUGGUUUACACAACAUCGGACAGACGUGUUGCCUUAACUCCUUGCUUCAAGUGUUCAUGAUGAACAUGGACUUCAGAAUGAUAUUGAAGAGGAUAACAGUGCCUCGGAGUGCAGAAGAGAGGAAGAGAAGUGUCCCCUUCCAGCUGCUUUUGCUGCUGGAGAAGAUGCAGGACAGUCGACAGAAAGCCGUGCUGCCCACGGAGCUCGUUCAGUGCCUGCAGAAAUACAACGUGCCGUUGUUUGUCCAGCACGAUGCUGCUCAACUCUACCUUACAAUCUGGAACCUGACUAAGGACCAGAUCACGGACACAGACUUGACAGAGCGGCUGCAGGGUCUGUUCACCAUCUGGACGCAGGAGUCCCUGAUUUGCGUGGGCUGUACAGCAGAGAGCAGCAGGAGGAGCAAACUGCUCACACUCUCUCUUCCUCUUUUUGAUAAGGACGCAAAGCCUCUGAAAACCCUGGAGGAUGCCUUGAGAUGUUUCGUCCAGCCCAAAGAGUUAGCAAGCUCCGACAUGUGCUGCGAGAGCUGUGGGGAGAAGACGCCUUGGAAACAGGUUCUGAAGCUGACUCAUCUGCCCCAAACCUUGACCAUUCACCUCAUGAGAUUCUCUGCCAGGAACUCGAGGACGGAAAAGAUCUGUCACUCAGUUAAUUUCCCUCAGAGCUUGGAUUUCAGUCAGGUUCUGCCAACCGAGGAAGACCUCGGUGAUACCAAGGAACAGUCUGAAAUACACUAUGAACUCUUUGCCGUGAUUGCCCACGUUGGGAUGGCUGACUUUGGUCAUUACUGUGCCUACAUCCGGAAUCCCGUGGAUGGAAAGUGGUUCUGCUUCAAUGACUCACAUGUUUGUUGGGUCACCUGGAAGGAUGUCCAGUGUACCUAUGGGAACCACAGAUACCGCUGGCGGGAAACGGCCUAUCUCUUGGUUUACACGAAGACUGGAUCCUGACAGAUAUACUCACACCUCCAGAGAGGGAUAGACUCUUAUCUCCUCUCCUGUACCCUUGUCUGCUGCAUUUCAACGAGAAUAAUAAUUUAAAAACAAUUAAGCCCUAUUUAUAAGCAAAACUAUUAUUGCAAUGGCUUAGAUGUAGUUUGUCUCCUGAAAGCUCACACACGGAAGGCUUGGUCUUUAGAUGGCAGUGCUUAGGUGACAGAACUUGUAAGAGACAGGGACCAGUGGGAGAUCAUCGGUUCAUGGGAUCUCUCUCCUGAGCACUAAUAGUUCUUCUUCCUGUUUCUCUACACAUGUUGUGAUGCAAAUGUGGGGGAUACAACAUGCCAGGGCCAAGCUGGUUGGAGCCUCCAGCCUUCAAAAUUCUGAAUCUAAUAAACAUUAUUGCACACUA